GUCUCUGAUUAACAUUCUUUUUCAUCUUAUUUCACUUCACUAUUUUUUUAUACAUAUUUAUAUAUAUAUUUUAUAUAUAUUUUAAAAAUAUGACGAUUGAUAAUAAUUCAUUAAAUAUGAACAAAAGACAUACAAUUGCUGGUAUGAAUACAGAAUGGGAUAUUUAUGAAGCAAUUGAUUCACCUACAAAUCCUUUUGCACGAAUUGAUCGGUUUGUACCAUCUCGAUUACCUGUCAAUAAUCCAGCAGGAAAGACGAUUGUUAAUAUUCAUAUAACACAAAAACGUCAACCCACAAUGAUUAGACUUAAUUUGGCACCAGAGGGUUAUCCUUUAGAGGAACGUUUUAUUGAAGAGGAAGGUAUAUCUCCAACUUAUUAUAGUCCUACAACGGGUAUCAAGAUAAAAACGAGUCGUGCUCAUGAAGAUCCUCGAAAUGCUGGUUCUUCUGAUUUCCUGAAUCCUGAACAUAUAUGUUUUACUCAUUCUAAUAGUUGUAGUUGUCGUGGUUCUGGUAUAGGUUGUGAGUGCAAGACAAGAUGUGAAUGUUGAAAUAAAAAGGAGAACUGAGUUCAAGAUUGUAUAAAAAUAUAUACUUUUUAUUAAUAAAUAAAUGAAAAG